GAGAACAAGGAUAGGCCCUGAUUUUGCAAACUGUGCAGAAAUGCGACGAUGUUUACCGUUUGCAAGUUACCAUUGGUAAACGCUUAAUGAUAUGGAUAAGCAGCAGAGUCCAAAUAACUCAUUCCAUUCCAAAAUACAUUCUGGAAGAAUAAUCAUGGACUUUACGGAAUCAUACACUGAUACCUGUUCUUCAGUGGGUAUGGCCGCCCGCAUGGGGGAUCUGGGGUGUGUCCAGGACCUAGUGUGGCAUGGGAAACCAGUGGAUGUGAGAGACAACAGGGGAUGGACACCAAUCCAUGAAGCUGCCUUCCAUGGUCACUCUGGCUGUCUCGAGUUCCUUUUACGUCAAGAUGUGGUGGAACCAGAAUGGAGGACUUUUGAGGAUGAAACUGCCCUGAUCUUGGCAGCACGAGGCGGCCACUUUGAGUGUGUACGGACAUUACUGGACUGUGAUGCUGACCCAACAGCUGAAACAAAGGAGGGAUAUACACCUUUAUGGGAGGCAAUAAGUGCAGAGAGUUUUGAAUGUGUGAGACUCUUGAUGAGGAAGGGUGCCGUAGUUCAGAUAAACUACCAGAAUUACACAGGGUUUACACCCCUCCAUGCAGCUGCUGAGCGGGGCUACACCCAUAUCUUAGACUAUCUUGUCAAGCAUGGAGCAAGACUUGAUAUGUGUGCUGAUGUGGAUAUUACGCCAAUAUUCCUCGCAUCACAAUUUGGGCACAAGGACUGUUUACAAAUUCUUUUACAAACUGCCAGAGAGAAGGGUCAAAUGGAUCUGGUAAAUAAGACAACACAUGACCAUGCCACACCCCUUCUGAUAGCUUCCCAAGAGGGUCAUGAAGACUGCAUACGUUUACUGCUGAGCUAUGGUGCUGAUCCUAACAUUCCUGUCAAAGAUCUUAACGCUGUGGCUGCUCACUUUGCUGUGUAUAAAGACAGACCAAGGUGCCUACAGUUAGUAUUACCAGUGACUAGACAAGAAGUUCUUUUUAACACGGUCGACACUAUGAUGCAUCCAUUAAUACUUGGUCUGAAAUUGAAAAAUACAACUUGCCUGGAAAUCCUCAUCGCUGCAGGAUUGAAUGUGAAAGCAUUUCUUCCAUUGAAUCAGGAUUUGUUUGAGAUGGACAGACAUCUGCUGUUUACUGUGCUGCAGUAUGAUAACAGUGCCUCAGUGCUCUGUCAAGUAGAGGAAAGUUGGCCUAGUCAGGGAAUUGAAUUCUUGCUCCGUGCUGGUCUUCCGUGCAAUAUACAGAAUCCACAGGAGCUACCUCCCUUGAUAUCUGCUUUGUCUAAAGCAGAUUUCAAUUUGUUUCUACUUCUUCUGAAGUACGGUGCUAACCCGAACAUUUACCAUGACCGUGUUGGUGGUAACCUGCCUAUUCUGUUGGCUUUGAGAAAUGACAUGCUGCCUAAGUUGAUUGUGAUAGAUAUGGAAACUAGACGGAACUUGUUUGGAAAAUAUCUGAUUCCAUUACUGAUGGCUGGUGCUAAUGCCCAGUCCUGUUUUAGUGCUCUUAAUAUGGUCACAGAGGAACUGAUUUUUGACCUACACCAUGUGUUACAAGGCUCAGUGGAGUGGACCAAUCUUUUUCCUCUACUUGUGCUACUUCUGUGUUUCACUUGUAAUGUGUCUCUGGACGAAAAACUGUGUGCUCUGGCACAGCAGUUCAAGGCAGACAGAUUACUGAAGAAGAUUGAAGAUUCCAGUGGGACAUUGUCUCAUGCCUGUCGUAAAAAAGUGGUCCAACAGUUCGCAUCAUCAGGGUGUUACAAUAAAGAGAGUGUGUGUAGUCUUCCUGUGCCUUCCAUACUUCACGAGUAUUUGCUCUUCAUGGAGUAUGGUACUCACAUCAGUGAAAUUGUUCAAGACUCACUCAAGUACCUCACAAUAAAAGAACAUGCAAUUAUCCAUGAAAUUCAGACAGAAGAAGGAUGGGGAUAGCCAUAUAUACAGAAUCAGACAAGUCCAUUGUAAUCGCAAUAUUUUAUGAACCUUUGCGAAUCUUGAUUAUGAAAUUUUUAUUUGGUAUGAGUUGCGGAAUUUUUGUAAAUCUAAAUUUAAGAAAAUGAGGGAAAGUCACCAUGAACGAUCUGUCAUUGUGAUUGUGCUAUUAAAAGCUUAUCAUUUUAGAAUUAUUUAAGAAAAUGCUGUUUCAAAAGCCAGGAGUUUAUGAAGUCUGUUGGUGGGUUGGGGAGUUGUCUAUAUGAGCUACUCAAUGUUAAGUUUUAAAGAUAAACAAUAUUAAUGGUUGACAAGCCAAUCUUGUAGAGGCAUGCAAUUUUGAUACCAUAAGAAAAUGAUAAUGUCAUGUUUUGUUGAAUCAAAUAACAUACAGUUUCUCCAUGCGAAAUAUCAGAGUUACAUUUGAUGCUUGCUACAAUGAAUAUCUGCUAUAUCUUUAACAAUUACACAGCUAGAAUGGCAAACAAGAAUGCAUCCCUGGAUUUGUGGGUGUAUAUUCAGAGGAAGCAAAAUAAUAUAUGUGUAAAAACUAAUUGCCUGCAAUAAACAAGUAAAGUGGACCUAUACGUGUAGGAAAUGCGUUUUUACAUUGUCCAAAAAUAACUAUGCUUAUGAAACUUGUCAUGUCAAAUCAUAACAGGAAAAUACUUGUUGCGUGUCAGAUUUGAAUGGGAAAACUUCAAAGAUCUCAAAAAUAAAGGAGAGGAAAAUUGUAAAAUUUUGUUUUAGGAAAAAGCUGCAUUUUUUAAAAAUCUAAUUUUGUUAUGUUAAAAAACGUCUUUGGUGGUGUGUUGAAAUGAGUACAUGUACUUUCAAAGCUGAAAUAUUAUCCUACAGUCCUAAGAUUUAUAGAUGGUAAUUACAAUCAAAUAUAUUUAACUGGUAAGCUUCAUUUUGCUUGUCUAGUAGCAUGUAUGUAUAAACAGAAUUGAAAUUGACAUUUCUGUUUUUACAUAAUAUAUACAUGAUCAGGAAUUCAAAUUAUUUAAAGUAUUCAAAAUGUACACACCAAACUUGGACAGUCUAGUAAUCAACAAAGAAGUUAUCAGAAAGUGGAAUUGUGAGCAAGGCUAUAAUCAGUAGCUUUGGCCAUGGCAAGCUUACCCUGGUUGAUUAAGAUGUAAUUUCUAAGGAUUCAGAGAGGCAAUCCAAUGUAGCUCUGUAUCUAUUGCUAUUUACUUCUAGUGUUCUCAGCUAGGUAUGCAGAAUGGUGAGAAAUUGCUUGUAACCUUCAUAGCAAUGCAAGAAAUGAUUAAAACAAAUGCUCAAUUAUAUAUAUAUAUAUAUUGAUAAUAUCCUCACGGAAAGGAUCUUGUAAAUAAAUAAAGAUGAGUUUUAAAACCAGGAACAGAAAUUCCUUUCUUAAUGCUGUGUUUUAGGCUUUAUUUAUGAUAAUAAUGCUAUGCGUGUGCUUGGCAUGGAUGAAUACUUUUGAUAUAUAUCAAUGGGCAGUAUUUAUUUACUUGCUGUUGUACAUACAAUGCAUACAAUUAAAUGGUAUAGGCUGGAACUAAAGUAUUUUUAUUGAUCCUAAAAUCUUUUUAGUUCAUUAUUAGCUGUUGUGUUGUUUAAAGAUCAGUUGAUGGACAUUUUAUUACUGAAUACAGCAUAUUUAUGUGACUGAUAUGAAUAACUGUUGUGUACAUAUGUAUGAUUACUGUGUAUAUGUAUGAAUACUGAGUGUAUGUUUAAAUAAUGUGUGUAUGUUUAAGUACUGAGUGUAUGUUUAAAUACUGUAGAUAUGUAUGAAUACUAUGUAUAUGUAUGAAUAAUGUGUGUAUGUUUAAGUACUGUGUAUAUGUAUGAAUACUGAGUGUUUGUUUAAGUACUGAGUGUAUGU